CCAUUAAGAGUAGAAGAUACUCGUAAGCUACUAGUAUUCGGUUACAGAUGUCUCAGAAAUAUAGUCCGCAUCUCCUGGGAUACCACGACCCGCAAUGCUGAAUAGUGUUGGGGAUGGCUGGAAGAAAGUUAGGGGCGGCCAAACCAAAACGUGGCAUCAGUCCUUGAAGUCACUAACGUUUGGGCUGAACCAUGUUGGUAGAUACAGACUACUUGGUUGGGGUCCGCGUGACUAUCGUAAUCAAUGGUUGGAAACUUUGGAUGACGAGGCUCAGAAUCGAUCAUAAUGGCGUUCCUACAAUAUCUGAGUGAACUUCGUAUCUGUAACAUAUCUACAAGCUAGACACAAAAGCUAUUGAUUCCCUAACUUUUUCAAAAGAAUGUCAUUAGAACUAUGGCUUUUAUCUCUGAUAUCCAUCAUAACAACCUUAGUCAUAGUAACAUUCAUACUCCUGAUUGUAAUGUACCUUACCACAGAUCCAUAUCCGAACCUAUCCAGAAGCAGUACAGAAGAAUGUUUUUAUGAUCCGGAUAAAUCUGAAUAUAUUAAGUUAAAAUUUGGGCUUACUGAAAGACCAGAAAAAGAAUUAUCGGUAAUAAUUCCAGCUUACAACGAAGUUGAACGCCUUCCCGCAAUGUUGACUGAAACAUUAGAUUACCUUCAUAAACGAAAAGAUUCAAAUAAAAAGUUCACAUUUGAAAUAAUUAUCGUGAAUGAUGGUAGUAAAGAUCAUACAUUAGAAAUUGCUCACAAAUAUUGCAAACUCGAGGGUUCAGAUACACUUCGUGUAAUAUCUUUAGAUCGGAAUCGUGGAAAAGGUGCUGCAGUCAGAAUAGGAAUGCUUUCUGCACGUGGUCGGAUACUUCUGUUCGUAGAUGCAGAUGGUGCGACUCAGUUUUCCGAUAUUGAAAAACUGGAGGAAGCUUUAGCAUCAUCUGUUGCUAAUAGAUGGAAUGGUGGCAUGGCGGUGAUAUGUGGUUCUAGAGCACAUUUAGAAGAACAGGCACUCGCUAAACGUCAUCCAUUAAGAAAUCUGCUCAUGUAUGGAUUUAAGCUAUUUGUUUGGCUUGUGUGUGUCCGUGGAGUUCGUGAUACACAAUGUGGAUUUAAAUUGUUUAGUCGACCUGCUGCUCGUUUGUUAUUUCAUAAUUUGCAUGUUGAUCGCUGGGCUUUUGAUGUAGACUUGUUAUAUUUAGCUCGGCAUUUCGAUAUGAAUAUUGUUGAAAUACCUGUGCAUUGGCAGGAAAUUCCAGGUUCAAAACUGGUCCCAAUUUUCUCAUGGAUUCAAAUGGCAAAAGAUUUGCUUAUGAUUCGUUUGCGAUAUUCAUUAGGGGCAUGGAAAAUUGACCCAGUUUACACUUGAGUUUGUAUAUCAUUGAAAGAAUCUCUAGUCAUUUUUUUUCAUCAUAUAUGUGCAGUUCAAUGUAUUACACAUUCCAUUAUUCCUAUUUUAUCACCUUUUUAAGUUUUAUUCUAACUCAUUCAUUCUUAUUGUUAAUUAAAUUUUCUCAAAAUAAAAUGGCUAUUGAUAG